GUAACUCUAGAGACCAGUGGAUUUGAUAUUUAUUACUUGGCCAUUGUUAGUAGUUGUGUUUUAGCGAGUCACAUGCAAGCCUGUAUUGCACACACAUGAACGUCAACUACAUAACAAAUAGUGAAAUAUGAAGAGGCAAAUUUUUUUGUGUAAUUAUAGUGUGAUCCUGCCAUGAAAUAAUAAAACAACCGAUACUGGUAGAAGCAUGGACUAAAGACGUUCGAGUACGAUGGUGCAUUAAAAUGUUGCGUCUUUGAUAGAAAAUAAAUUGGAGGACACUUCAUCAAUUUCUUCAAACUAUAGGUUCCAGGAAUCAAUCUCAACAUAGGAACACCAUAUGAGCUUGCUAAAACUUAAGUCCAAGCAAGCAAAAUCCAAUGAAUUAAACUUUGGUAUGAAUAUAGCUGAUAACGUCGUACUUGCACAGGUUUGCACCCUCGUUUCUUGAUCAUUUUGGCUUGAUUUUUUUUAUUUCUUGGACUAUUUUAUGCUAGGUUAUGUUCCUUUGUAUUAUUUCAGGUCCUAGCAUGUAAAGUGAAGCCUAAGCGCAAGUUUCAAGUCAAUCGGAGAUCAAUUGGCGACUUGGGGUGAGAAACUCGGGAAUGACUUGAGGAAGAAUGGAUUUCCAACUCAUUUUAUUGACAAAUAAUCAUGAAAGGUUGUUAUGAAAAGAAAGAGGACAAGAAUACAAGCAUCUGGGAUCAAAUGGAACCUGAAUCGGAGGUCAAACGAGCUCAAACAAGAUCAACGAAGCUUAGGAGUGCAUGCUGGAAAUUGUGCACGGCCGUGUAAACUUAUGCACGGCCGUGUGAGUUUCCCAGGGGGUUUGCACGGCCAAAACCUCAAUUUUCACGGCCGUACAAGUAGGGGGUGCGAGUUUCAGCGGGUAUAAAAGCCGUUUUGCGAUUUUGGAGAGGGAGGGCUGGGUUUUGGAUCCCAAACACCCAAGGGACGAACCAAAGAGAGAGGGUGAUCUAGAGCCAUUCUUGGAGCUAUUUUGGAGGAUUUCUUCACCAUUGGAGCUUGAGAAUCAAGCUUGGAGAUGGAGAUUGAAGAUCUUGUAGAAAUGUGUGAUAGCUUUUUACAUAUUAUUAUUUUGAGGGACCAUUUCGUAUUUUGUGCAUGCUUAACCUAAUGCUCACGUAGAGUAUAAAAUGUGAAGUGGUGCGGCUUAGGUUGAUUGAGAGAGAGAGAGUUGUAUACAGCAAAUCAGCUGCGGCUAAUAAGAUUGACUCGAGCUUCGGCUCACCGUGGAGUAGUCUCGUUCAUUCUGAACGGGGAAACCACGUAUAUCGUUGUGUUGUGCUUCCGCGUUUUACUCUAUUUUACAUGGUAUCAGAGCGAUAGUCGAUUCAUACCUAGAAGAUCGAGAUGUUUUGAGAGGAUGAUAAGAAUGGUAAGGGCGGUUCGUCAAUGAUCAACGACGUCAUACCCCUCACGUCGCCUCUGUAUCUCCAUCCAUCAGAAAAUUCGGGCCAGCUGUUCGGAAGUGAUUUGCUCACAGGCUUGAAUUAUAGCGAAUGGGUUAGUGAUAUGACUGAAACCCUAAUCGAGAAAAACAAGAUGGCCUUUGUCGAUGGGUCUCUACCUCGUUGAAAGGAUGGUUUUGGGGUUUUUGAUGAAGCAUGGGGGCGCUGCGAUGCUACCGUCAAGGGAUGGCUCAAGACGGCCAUGAGCAAAGAGGUGCGGAAUAGUGUGCGGGGUGCGAAGACAGCGUGUGAUAUUUGGGUUGAUUUGAAGCAACGGUUCGGCACCAGUUUCGCCACGAGCGCCUAUGAGUUACGAGGGAAGAUAAGCUCCUUUCGGCAGGACAAGCUUAGCGUGUCAGCCUUCUACACCACACUGCGCACUUAUUGGAAUGAAUUGCAGGCAGGUAGCAUAAAUCCAGGUUGCUCAUGUGGGUCUUGUGCAUGCGAUGCAGCUCAGCAAGUACGUAGCAAGGAGGAUGCUGAACACAUGUUUGAUUUCUUACUUGGUCUUGAUGAUGCCUUCUCGGUGGUGCGUACUCAAAUUCUCAGCAUGAAGCCGGUGCCGACUCUCGCCGAGGCUUACCAGCUAGUGGAAGCUGAAGAACAGCAGCGGCAGAUCACGAGGGCGCGACGUCCACCUGUGGAGGCAGCUGCUUUCCAAUUCAAUAAGGAAAGGGAUGCCGAUGACGAAAGCCCGCGCUGCUCGCACUGUAACAAGUUGGGUCACACGAAGGAAACAUGUUUUAAGCUUAUUGGUUACCUUGGGGAUCAACGCAAAGGUAGGCAGGGUAGCCGUGGAGAUCGACCCAGAGAGCGUAGCUUCAGCGGGUCUCGCAAGCAAAGGGGAGAAGGGAAAUCACAUCCUCAUGCAGCCAAUGUAGACGCCGAGGACAGUCCAAUCCCAGGUUUCUUAGCCGACCAACUUGCACGACUCAAUGAGUUUUUCUCGGCCCCUCUACCAUCUCACAAUGAACCGACACCACACAUGGCCGGUAACAAUCCUGAACCCUAUGAUUGGAUUAUCGAUUCUGGUUGCAACGAACAUAUAGUUCGAGAUUUGAGUUGGUUAGAAACUGUAGAUGCUACGGGACAAUUCCCUCCCGUUAGGAUACCGAACGGUGCGAGUAUUCCAGUGACAGGGGUUGGUACACUUAAUCUGAAUGGUAGCGUUAAGCUGGAUCGAGUGCUACAUGUUCCGCAAUUCCGUUGUAACUUGCUCUCUGUUAGUCGCUUAACCAAGGACAAUGACGUCGCUUUGCUCUUUUUGGGUAAUGUUUGUGUCCUCCAGGACUUACGCUCCAGGACCUUGAUUGGAUUGGGCCAGCUCCAUGACGGCCUAUACUAUCUCCGCCGUAUUGAGGACCUCAAGGCUACUGGGAGACGAGUUCCUUCUGCUUUUGUGAUUCUUGCUUGCGUGCCAAGCAGACGAGAGCGCCUUUUGUUACGCAUUCUAUUCGCACUCAUGCUUGUUUCGAAUUGGUGCACAUGGAUAUUUGUGGUGGUUAUUGACACGCCAAAACACAACACCAAACUGCGACCAAGUAUAAUCGCAGACCGGGAAUGCAGUAAAGUGGAAAGUUCUAAAUAUCAACCCGGGGUCUAGAUCUACUGCCUACUCCGUGAUUAUCUAUUAUCUAGCAAACUAAGUCGAUUGAUUUUUGGUCUUAACUGAAAGCAGAAAGAAAGCAGGAAUUGGUUUGGUUUUCUCAAGCAAAGGAAGAGUCACUCGGGAAUGAGUCCCCCUAGCUCCUUAGUUAGGUCUCAGUUGUAAUUACCCUGGGUUGAUUUACUGUUGAUUAAACUGCGGAAGAUCCGACAGUAGCUUGGAAUCUCUUAAGCUGACCAAGCCCUCUCAGUCUAAAUACCCGGCAGACGACUAGUCUUCACCGGGAUAGAAAGCUCAAGCAAUAAGCACAGAACUCCACUACUGGAAUGGGAUUCCAGUACAAAGCAAUAGACUGACUAACUCUCGUAUAGCCAAUCCACUACUACCGAAUGAUGAAGCUCUAACAACCUAAUCAGAUUCUAUCUAUCUCAGGUUGCAUCAGAAAUCAAGAAAAGCUGAUCGGACUUCAAUCUAUUCAAUAAAUCAUGCAUCAUUCGAUUAAAACCAAUUAGUAUAAUCAUCCCAAGUCAUUACAAUCAAAUGCCUAACACAUGGAACUAGGGUUCUUCAUACCCAAGUGAGAGAAGGGUUCUACUCCAUAGAGAGAGAGGAAAUUAGAAAUCAGAGUAGUAAUACUCAUAAAGAUGAGGAAAAUCUGCUCUGGGUUGUCAAUCUUCACUCCUAGGGACGCAAUCUGGGCUUCAAUGGUGAGAAAUCCACUCCAAAUAGCUCCUAGGGUUUGUUCUUCGCCCUUUCUCUCUCUAAAACUCUGUUUUUGCUCUGAAAAGUCGAUUCUCUCACUUGUGCCUCGAAAUUGGGUAAAAACCAGAAUUCCCGACUCACACGGGUAGGCCACACGGCCGAGUUGCUUACCCAGAUGCCCGUGUGAGAGACAAAACGCCGAGUUUCGAUUAAUUGGAUUUCAGGCUUCCUACACGACCAGGGACACACGGCCGUAUGGGGCCUCCAGUCUGCCCGUGUGAAGGCUCGCACAAUCCCACACGACCACAUUGAUUCCCUACACGGCCGUGUGGGUUUUAUGGGUGCCCGUGUGGCUUCCUCAACGACUCGCCACACGUCCGAUCUUCGUCCAAUCGACCCCAAACUCGCUCCCAAACCUUCAUUCACGUACUAGGACCUGAAAUAUCACAAACAAGCACAACCUAGCGUGAAAUCGGCCUAAAACACGAGAAUGAACAUCUCUAACGGCUCAAGAAUAGGGGUAAAAAUAUGUGCAAUUAACGGUUUAUCAAACUCCCCCACACUUAACCGUUUGCUUGUCCCCAAGCAAACCAAGUUAGACACAAGGUAAGCUCACAUAUUUCAAUCAUACCAACAUUGGGGACAAAUCAUAUAGGCACAGAAACACGUGAAUCAUAACGGCUUUCAAACACCAACACAUGAACAACUUCAAUAGCAACCUGGACAACCACCACAGACGACAUUUGAGUGCAGCAAAAUCGAGUAAAGGAGGAGUCUCCCUUCUGUUCAUCAACCAACAUAGACUUGACUCAACCACUUACUCAAGACAGUCAACUCAUGCAUAAAACUCAAGACAUCAGAAUCAAGACUGAGCCAUCUA